AUGUCUUUUAUGCUAUCAAUUUAUAUGUUUCAGGGUUACAUUCCAAAUCUGUUAGGCAUAAUUCCUUAUGCGGGUAUCGACUUAGCUAUCUAUGAAACACUGAAGAAAUACUACGUUCGACAUCACAGGGACAGUGCAGAGCCGGGUGUAUUGGCAUUGCUGGCAUGCGGCACCUGCAGUUCGACAUGUGGCCAACUCGCCAGUUAUCCUUUAGCACUUGUUAGAACACGAUUGCAAGCAAGAGCGAUUUCUGGCGAUUUUAUGCAACCUGAUACAAUGACUGGUCAGAUUCGAUAUAUACUCGGCAAGCAGCACGCAUUAGACUUCCACUAUAUCACUUUCUCGUUGUAUCUGUUUCAGGUAAUCCCUGCUGUGAGCAUUAGUUAUGUUGUAUACGAACAUGUACGAAAACAUCUUGGAGCAACGAUGUCUUGA